CGGGUGGAGGCUCGGAGCUGACCCCGGGCUGGGGCUGGGCCUGGCCGGGGAGCGCCGCACCACACUGCGCGGCCGUCAGCCAUCCUAUGCUCACCCGUCCUCUGCAGUAUCUGGGCAGGAGCAGCGUUGUACGCUCAGAGGUGCCUCAAAUCUUUUUCAGGAACGCCGGCUUUCUUCAUCCUCAGUGGCCGCCGUGUUUUCAGAUGCUGAAUCCGUCCAUUGUUCGGAGUCAGUUCUGUUGGAGGACACCCUCAACGCUUUGUGGCGGCUUGUGGACAGGGCCCGGACCUGUCCGCACGGCCUUCAAUCCCUAUUCGAUGAAUCAGUCGUCUACCUUCGGUUCGCCUGGCUAUCCCUUCAAGCCGAACGGUAACGAACCUCAAGCAAAACGCAGGAAGUGCGAGCGAGUAAAUGACGAGCCGCCGCCAACGGAAGCCGGGCAGGAGCAAACGGAUUGCGUUGCUUCUCACGGCAAGGGAUUGGGAAAUCUGUGCGUCUCCGGAGAAUUAAAAGGUCAAGGGACCAUAAGUAAGAAAGUCGAACUGCUAAAUAGACGAUGGGAAGCUUUAACGGCACAGAAAAAGAGCGGCCAAAAGAGAAAUUCCAAAAGAGCUGCAAGUAGAACACAAUUCGACUUCUCGUUGAUGUCCUACAACAUUCUGGCUCAGGACCUGUUAGAGGAUAAUAAUCACUUGUACAGACAUUGCAGUUGGCCUUUGUUGCAGUGGGAAUUCCGGUUUUCCAACAUCUUCCAGGAACUGAAACAGUUGGAUGCAGAUAUAUUGUGUCUACAAGAAGUUCAGAGCAACCACUACAAGAAACAGCUGAAGCCAAAGCUGGAAGCACUGGGUUACCAUUGUGAAUACAAAAUGCGAACAGGAGACAAGAGGGAUGGCUGUGCUAUCUGCUUUAAACGUUCUAAGUUUUCACUACUCUCUGCUAUUCCAGUGGAGUUUUACCGGCCUCGGAUCCCGUUGUUAGACCGAGACAACGUCGGACUUGUGCUAUUGCUGCGACCAGCUCUUUCAUCAGGUGGUGCUGCUCCAAAUAUCUGUGUGGCAAAUACUCACCUCUUAUAUAAUCCUCGGAGAGGAGACAUUAAGCUGGCUCAACUAGCAAUACUCAUGGCCGAGAUUGGCAAAGCGGCUUCCAGUGGGAAGGGUGAAUAUUGCCCAAUCGUCUUCUGUGGAGACUUAAACUCUGUUCCCAGUUCUCCUCUGUACAACUUUAUCAGGGACGGGAAGCUACUCUAUGAUGGAUUGCCAAUUGGAAAGGUAUCCGGUCAGGAGGAGAGCUCCAGAGGUCAAAGGCUUUUAUCAAAGCCUCUUUGGCCUGAAAAUCUCGGAAUUUCUUCAGCAUGUCAAUAUGAAGCAUUAAAUUAUCAGCACAUAAAUGAAGGUUCGGACCGUCCUUUGAAGGCUGUGGACAGUUCAGAAGUAUCAAAGGAUGCCAGCAAUGAGAAGACAUCUGUAGUUAAAAUGACUUCACCCAUUCUCCAGCACAAUUUCAACUUAACGUCAGUGUAUUCCCAUUAUGUACCAGAGAGCGGUAGAGCUGAAGUCACCACCUGUCACUCCAGAUCUGCUAUCACCGUGGAUUAUAUCUUCUAUUCAACAGAGGAAGCUGUCCACGGUGGCUUGGAGCUUCUUGGCAGACUUACUCUCCUCACUGAACAAGAUCUACGUACUGUAAAUUGUUUACCCAAUGAAUGCAACUCUUCCGAUCAUCUCCCUUUGUUGGCAAAGUUCAGACUUAAACUUUGAUGCUAACCAAAGCUGUCGAAUGUGUUCCUACGUAUGAACCCGUUCAAUACCUGGUCCAAAAUGUGGAGUAAAAUAUUGUAAAGUUUGUGUAUCAUUUUUAACUUUUGAUAAAUUGUUGGAACUGUUUUUCAUGCUCUUAAAAUAAUUGUCAAAAAGAAGAAAAGGUGUGUUUUGAAUUUACUAAUCUGCAAUGAUUUCUAAACCCUGACCUCUGUUGAGGACAACAGUAUAGCAUUGUAAAAUCCAACAUUAUCUGGUGAUAAUUCUUAGGGAGGAGCGAUGUGUACAAUGGGGAAAGUGUAUAAAUUCAUGAAAAUGCCAGUAUUUUAUUAAACUGUGCAGUGCAUUCUGAGGUUUUGUUUUAAAUAAAUAUAUUCUUAAUCUGCAAAGGAUUUCAGUAUUGUUUGGUACUGUAUUACAGCAUAGCUUUUGGAAAAGAGUAUAAUCAAAUAAAAUCUGAAAUUCUGCUCUGAUGUUAA